CUUCUCAUCCUGGCGAAACACUAACAGCCGAUAUCUCUUGAACGGUUUGGGGGCACAUAAAUUACCUAUUAAUAUAUAACUUGUGACGGUUCGUGCCUGGGACGAUCGUUCGAGGUUAUCGGGCUAUGCUUUGCUGACGUUACUCUUAUUAUUUUUCGCGGAAUCUUUCCCCGACCGUCUUAAUAUUUCUCCUGGCCCGAGAGGCUGAAACUGCAGUUCAUUUUGAAAUCAGACGGUUGUUUCUUGCUAUUUUUUAUCUCUAUCUCGUCAUGUUAUGAUAUUAGACCUCGUGAGACGUGACGGAUUGUAUGUUGUAAGGUUGACAGAUUUUACAGCACGGUCAAUUCGGAUUUCCCCCUGAAAUCUCCUCCUGAUUCAGGCAUCCCCCCUGUCUACUUAGCUACCUAGGUACGCUUUUCCCCCCCGCAGACCAGGAUCCCGGGUAGCUACCCUCCGCGUCUUGGGAGCACUACGCACUACUGUAAGCCCUGCCGCUCCCCGAUCCACACCAGCUAAGGGAGAAGGGGAACAACGGAGAGACCCCUUAUUCAACCACAUAAUGCCGACAUACCUUUGCCACGGUUUCCGUUGGCAUCGCCGAAGUAUUCGGUAUUUUGUUGUAAUUCAGAAUGUCGACGAAGCAUCCCCCGAUUGGAUAGUCGCGCACCAGAGCUCCGUCGCGCUGCUCGACCAAUUCUACGAGCUAUUCGACUUCUUACCGCCCUGCUCCCAUCCAGUCCGAAAUCCGUUUCCUUUGCCUACUUACGACCCGAUACGACCCCCGACGAGCAAUGGCCACGCGCAUUCGCGCACGCGAUCAUACGCUAGUCAAGGGAAUAAAGAAAAAGACAUAAUAUUCGAAAAUGGCGAUGCGAGGAAUACUAGCAGUCAGCCGAGCACACGAUCCAAUCGGAGUAAGUCCGUGGGCCAACCGACGGCUACGAACACGAUAUACGAAGAUAUGAUAUCACCAUUAGAACCGCCGUCUCCGGUCCUCGACGAGAGUAUACCGUUUAAUGACUGGUCUGUGGUAAAAUUUAUAGAAGAGUUCGACCCGACGGAUUUGUCCGUGGUUAGUGGACCAUGGGCUUACGUGGCGGACUACGUAGUGCGCAUAGACACGUCGGUCUCGGUUACGGAGGAAAUAAAUCGUUAUGAGGCACGAAUGAAGACUCAUCCUUAUAAAUCCAUGAGCGGUGCGAGCGACGAGGGUGGACGCAGGAUAAAUACAAUUGGCAAUAGAAGGGCCGGUUGGUUCGAAAAACUACGUGAUCAAUUACAAAGAAGCGAGAGUAUACGGUGGUACGUCGUCGUUUGCGGGGACGAGGAGCGCGCCGGGGCUGAAUUAGAAGAAUCUGAAGAGGUGGAAAACAAGACAAAUGGCCAAUCUUCACGGCAAGGUCUAUCUUCAAUUCGCGGUUUCGUCGAGAAUGGAUUUGAAUUCCGACUUCCGGAAUUCCUAGUAUCGUCACCGCGGACAUCCGAGCAGGGACCGAGACGGCGGAGAAUGAGAAAGGAAGCAGCUAAACAAGACUCAACCGCACCAGCUGUAGGUCAGCAGCAGGCGAUACCUCCUCCACCCGCUCCAAUUCAGGUUGUUCAUAAAAUGCCGGCGGAUAACGGGGUAAAACACAAGAGUUCCUUAUCCAGCGGCGGACUCAGAAGAUUGUUCUUGAGGCGGAAACCAGAUGGUCCAACGUGAAGCAUACCUCCAUAACACGAGCCGUGGGUCCAUCCUACCUUUCCACAUAUAUAAGGCCCUCGGUACCCCAGAGCCAAUGCAAAGGACCCUACCAAAUGGUGCACUAUUUAUUGCCGAGACCGCCAUUAUCAUGUUCGUGCCAUCAGUA